UGACUGUCGGCUGGCUCCGAGCCAAACAAAGCGGAUAUUAGGCGGACGUUGUCGGUUAGCAACAAGUCUGACAACAGCGGGCUGCAGCGGGACAGCUGUUAGUCCGAGAACAGCGGCUGACCCGGGUUAGUUACUCUCUGAUCUCAACCGCGCCAAUAUGGAGGGCCGACCGGGGCGCGUGUGCUGCGCGCGACGGAUCCACCCGCUGUGAGGCUGUGGACCAGGCGCGUGAAGGAGUCCGUCCACGUCCCCGGGACACGAGACUGCUGGGUGACGUCAUGGACUGCCUGCUGGACUUUGAGGAUUGCGUCAAAGACUCACCUGAGUUCAGGCUGGCUCUGGAUCAGUUUGAAACAGAUGUUUCACAGCUGGAGACAAAACUGGACAAGGUGAUGAAGCUGUGUGGGAAGAUGGUAGAGGCGGGACAAGCGUACAGCACUGCCAAUAAGCUGCUACUGAGCGGCCUAGCUGAGCUGUGCACCAAUCAGACGAAGGACAGCGUGAUCACAACCUGCUUGAACCAGUUCCACCAGGGCCUGCAGGAGAUGGUCAGCUUCCACACUAUGUUGUUUGAUCAGACACAGAGAGCCAUCGGCCAGCAGCUCACUAACCUCUGCACGCAGUUCCUGCCCCAGUUGGCGGAGACCAGGAAGGAGUUUGUCCGGAUCGGCGAGGAUCUGGAGACGGCAGCGACGAAGAACGCUCAGGUGUCUCGACAUAAAGCCGCCGACGCCGAGCGGGCAAGUCACCUGCUGCUCGCUACACGCAAAUGCUACCAGCACUUCGCCUUGGAUUACUGUCUGCAGCUCAACACCUUCAAGACUCAGCAGAAGGUCGACAUCUUAAACUCUAUGUUCUCCUUCGUCCACGCUCAGUUCACCUUCUUCCACCAGGGCUUUGACCUGCUAAGAGACCUCGAGCCCACCAUGAAAACCAUGGCAGCGCAGCUGUCACAGCUGUCUGCGGACUGCACGGCCAAGAGGAAGGAGCUGGAGAACAGACACCUGCUGGUCCAGCAGAGGGACGCUUCAGGUGAGCCGAUGGUCAGCGCGUGUCCUGGCAAUGAUGACAUCAUCCGGGGUUACCUGUUCAAACGCUCGAGGAGGAAAUCUAAAAUGUGGAAGAGAUCCUGGUUCACCAUCAGAGACAACCAGCUCAUAUACAGGAAGUCCCACAAGGAGGAAGCUGUGGUUCUGUUUGAGGAUCUUCGACUGUGUGCUGUCAAAUCUCUGGAUCACGUGGACCGACGCUUCUGCUUUGAGCUGCUCUCCGUCCAGAAGUGUUGUGCUCUGCAGGCCGACUCGGAGCAGCUGAAGCAGGCCUGGCUCAGUGCUCUGCAGGGCAGCAUCGACCUCGCCUACAGAGAGCGAAGCGACACUCAGCUGACGCAGCCUAAGGAGCUCCCCCCUCUGCAUUGUGGCGGGGACGUCUGUCCGGGCCCUCCCGCCCAGAGGCCGGCAGCAUUGAGCGUGGCCCUGAGGGGCCUUGGGAACCAGAGGUGCUGUGACUGCGGGGAGGAAGAGCCUCGCUGGGCCUCCAUCAACCUGGCAGUCACCAUGUGCAUCGAGUGCUCGGGCAUACACCGGAGCCUCGGAGUCCAUCUGUCGAAGGUGCGAUCUCUCACUCUGGACUCCUGGGAGGCCGAACAGCUGAAGCUGCUGUGCGUUCUGGGAAACGAUGUGAUGAACCAGAUCUACGAGGCGCGAUGUUCAGAGGAGGGACGAGUCAAGCCCCGAGCCGACAGCCCGCGGGCCGAGAAGGAGGCGUGGAUCAAAGAGAAAUACGUGGAGAAGAAGUUUGUCCAGGCCAACGGCGCUCAGCAUCAUCGUCAUAAGGACUCAGCCAUGCUACGUCUCUAUCAGGCGUCUUUGGCAGGAGACCUGGUUGCCAUGGCGUCCAUGUUGGCCGAGGGGGCGGAGGUCAACGGGAGCGUUGGCGAGGAGGAGGGCCGCACGCCGCUGAUCGGAGCAGCGAUCGGGGGGUCGCUGUUGGCGUGCGAGUUCCUGCUGCAGAACGGCGCAAACGUCAAUCACAGAGACCUUAGAGGACAGGGGGCGCUGCACGCUGCCGCCACUGCUGGUCACACCGGACAGGUGUGCCUGCUGCUGAAGAGAGGAGCCAAUCAGUACGCAGUGGACGAGAGAGGUCAUGACCCUCUGGCCAUCGCCGUGGAAACGGCCAAUGCUGACAUCGUCACUCUGCUCCGGAUGGCCCGGAUGAACGAGGAGAUGAGGGAUUCGGAGGGAGUCUUCGGCGCCGCGGGAGAUGAUGAGACGUUUCAGGACAUCUUCCGGGACUUCAGCGACAUGGCGUCACAUGACCCGGAGCGACUGAGCCGGCGGCACUUCAGCCGAGGAGGGGCGGAGGAAGAGGAGGAGGGGUAGUGUUGAAAGGAUGGAGAGCGGUGACGGUAACAGUGUAAAUUAUUCUGUCACGAGUACCAGCCCACGCAGGAGGAAGACCUCAGACACCUUCUUCUUGGAUUACCGUUGACGGAGAACCGUUACCGACCUUCAGAUAACCACGAGUGCAGCUGAAAAUAUUUCCUCUCAUAUUAACCUCAUAUUAUUGAAUCUAAAUAUAUUUUAUCUGAAUAAUCACGUCUUAACUCUCAUGAGAGGAGAUCAAUGUUACAGAGGUUUGUCCUCAGUCACGCAACUUUACUUCAGGAUGUAGUUACAGCUAGCGCCCCCUGCUGGGCACAGUUAAUCAUUACUAAUUUACUGUGAAGACACUGACACGUCCUGAAAAACUUCCAACAGCACUUUAUGUCCUCACAAUUCAGACAGCGUUCCAGAAAACGUUUCCAGAUGUUUCCGCUCCUGCAUCGAAAAAUAGGAAUCACCGAAAGCUGGAGCGGAUCGCUGGGAAUGAAGGCGUUUUAUGUGUGAAAGGUGGUGCUGUUUGAGCUCUGACAGCUGAUGGAGCUACAGCCUCCACCUUUUGUUUUAAUCUGUCUCUGUUUGAAAGUCCAAACACUUCACAUCCCAGCUUGGUAAUAACGAGGAAAUACAACAACAGUAACAUGUGACCUAACCGCACAGUGAAGGGUAAUAACAGACACGUUUUGGUAUCGUGGUUUUUAGAUGUUUAUUAGACUGAAACGUCUUUAAUGUAAUAACAAAUACAACGACGGGGAAACGAGAGACAAUAUUUUAACACUCUGAAACCCUUUGAACAAUAAAAUGUUUCAUAUUUGGAGGUGAAUCUUUAAUAUAGUGACGUUUAUGUGCUAACAUGUUUUUACAUUCUGGGACAAAUUCGGAUUAAAUUGAUCCAAAGUUCUCCCUCGUUUGAAGGUCAUGUAAAUGCACGAUAGUUAUUACCUCGAGUCUUCUGCUGUAUUUCACAGUAAGAUUUACAACUGGAACCAGAAAAACGUGUCUGUGAACGUAAACGUUUCAGCUGUUACUGUAAAUAUUUGGCUGUCGUUUCCACGUUUUUACCGAGCUGUGACGGAGCGUGAAGCCGUGAUGAGCUUCGCUGAAAGUCUGAUGUACGGUGGGAGGAAGAAGAAGCGUCAGGGUUGAAUUUAAUAACCUCCCUUAAUGCCCCGCGUUUAACAGUGUGUCCAAAAGGGAUUUCAGACUUUUGCUGCUCAUCUGUUUUUGACUGUUUGUGUGAAUGAACGAGGCCGCGAGGCUCGUCUCUGACUGAAUGUUUGACACAGCAGGACGCGUCGAAUCACGCCGUUCGUUACUGCUGUGAUGCUACUGCUCAAUAAAACCACUGAAGAAGAGUCUCUGAUGUUUGUUCUCACCAAUCACGCGGCACUUUGAGCUCCAGCUGUUUGAAACAUACAGUUUGCUACAGUAAUUCAUACCUGUGGAUUUCACAAGCUCCGCCCACCGUCUGCGCACCUGCGAGCACAGAUGUAAAAAAUAAUAUGCUUUCUGUUUGUUGUUCUCUGAAAAACAUUUAAAAAUUAAACAUCCAAACAUGAGCCCAUGAGUGGAAAUAAAAACCAGGGCGGGACUAAAACUUUACCUGAAUGAAGGGGUGUGGCCUAACAUUUCAAAAUGUCUGUUUUUUUGUUUUAAAUAAAGUCUGAUGUUUCUGA